UAAACUAAAGCAAGCGGCCGCCUCUUGUCUAUCUCCCUGUUCGCUUCUCCAUCUUCUAAACCUAAAAAACAAACAGCCGACUGACUGACAGAUCUUCUUUCUUUCAUUCUACGAUUCAGCAGGGAGGGAGGGAAGGUAAGGUUCAAUCAGCCAGCCAGCCAGCAAGCAGGUAAAUUCCACUCCCGUUUCUGAAUCUAUCGCUCUCAGUCGAUUUUGUGCAUAAAACGAUGGGUAAGAAGCACAAGAAGGAUACAGUCGAUACAGAAACAGACGUUCCAACGGAGGAAAACGAUGUCGUGCCGGAAGAACAAUCAAAGAAGAAGCACAAGCACAAGAAAAUCCGCAAGAGAGAAGAAAAGAUCGAGGUCAAAAUCGAAACUGUCAAAGCAAGUUCCGAUAAAUCCCUGCCGUUAAUCGGAUAUUUUCCAUCCGGAUACGACCCGGAGAAACGCCAACGGGUCGAAGAACCAACUGUUAGGGUUUUGAAAAGCCUGAAACGCAGCCACAGAUUACAGGUUGUUGUGAGCCCUAACCAGUCUUCGCCGGUCAACUUCGUCGGAACCAAUUAUUCUGGCGAAGCGGUGGUUCCGCAGAUGUGCUCUUAUGCUCUCGGUGUUCUUGAUAAGCAGACUCAGACGCUGAAGAUUGUUCAGAUUGAAUCUAAUAAGAUAUUUAGAUUGGAACCGAGGUUUGGGGAUCAUGAUAAGGCUGCGGAUGAAGCUUCUAAGAAGGUGGAGAAUGAAGCGACGGUUGAAGAUAGUAAAACCAAGUUUAACUUUUCGACGAAGAAGUCCGAACGAACGGCCAAGAAAGAAAAGGCGUUACGCGCAUACCGUGAUCCAGAGGCCCAGGAAGAUUUGAACGACAAGAUGGCUGAAGCAGCGGUUGACACAGAAGCCAUAGAAAUUAGUGCACAAACUAGCAGCAUUACCGCUCGUAAUAUUCCGCCUCAUGAUAUAUCAGCAACUAGACCUCAACAGGCUUAUCCGCUAGAAAAGAUCAUAUUAAAGGGAGAAUGGAGAUACCUUUCAGAUAUUGCUGAGCUUUUGCAAGAAGGAAAAACUAUAAACUCUGCAUCUUACCCUCUGUUUGUUUGCAACAGAAUUCAUAAGAUCGAGGAGGUCAAGGAUGAGGAGGUGAAGGAGAGUCUUACUUGCAUAUUCUCGUACAUCAAUCAUCUUAUAAAGUUCAAGGACAAGCAUUCAAUGGAUGGUUAUUCGUCAGCAAAACAUCAUAAACUACCAAACAUAUUAAAUCAGAAAUUUAACGACAUGUUUGCCAACACCGAAUCAAAACGGCUGGCUGACGACAAAAGGGAUCUUCUAAUCAGCUAUGUUUUGGUGCUCACGCUUUUUGUUGACAACUUCAAAACAGAAUUCUCAGAUAUUGCUAAAGAUCUGAGAAUGACUACUGGUGCGUUGAGGCCUCAUUUUGAAUAUCUGGGCUGCAAAUUUGUUAGAGAACAUAAUAUAACAUUGGCCAUGCUUCCUGCGCCUCUUAAAUUCCCCGAAAUCAGGAUGAGGCGCCGAAGGUGAGCAUGAGUUUAUCGUUUGGGUGAUAGCAGGACGUUUCUCUGAGUUUAUUAUUGAAUAUUUAUGAACCCUUUCAUGUAAUUCAGAUUUGAAAAUUUUGAGAUGGUUUUGUUGUCUUUUGGAACCAUAUAAUUACAAUGAUUGGAGGGAGGGAGCUAUAGAAUGAUUGUACUUGUUUAUCCUAUGUUAGUUUUUCUUGAUAACAAUUUGUUG